GGACACGAGCGUACUUCACUGCAGUCUGUCUCCUCCUGGCGGCUGCGGGUGAAUAUCCUCGUUCUAUUAGUUUGGUCUGGAGCAAGAUCUGUGUACAUCGAUUACUCUCUUAACACCACAUUAGGCUAGUGAGGCUGACAUUUAUUCAGCUGUAAAGCUGGUAUGAUCUGAUAAAAAUGUAAUAAACCUCCAGAUGCGCUCCUGAUGAUGCAGUAAUAUUCUGCUUUACGCAAUAGAUUUGCGCCCUGUCCUGAAAUCUGGUCCCCUGCUCUAUUUUAACUGGCCAUGUCAUUAUAAAUUAUAAAAACCCAUCUUAUCGUCUUUACAUAUCUGUGAAAUAGAUUUAGGAGUCAGGAUGAGCUUAGCUUUCAGCAGGGCUCCUCGAAAGACUGCGGGAAACCGCAUGUCCAGACUGCUGGAUGCAGAGGAGGAGGAUGAGUUCUACAAGAUCACCUAUGGAGGAUUUCACGACGAAUCAGGUGAUGACGAAUAUAAGGGUGACUUGUCUGAAACGGAGGAUGAGGUGGACAGUGACUUUGACAUUGAUGAAGGGGAUGAACCCGACAGCGAGCAGGAGGAGGAUGGGCCGCGUCGCAAGAGCAGAGUGGUGACCAAAGCUUACAAGGAGCCAGUUAAAGUGGUGCGGCAAAAACCAAAACAACGGAAACUGGCUGAACUGCCCAGGAGGACAGUCAAGACAAAGAUCAACAAAUACAACCCUCCAGAACUGCAGGAGGACAUCAACAAGAACAGGAAGUCGGUGCGUCAGUCAACAACAGAACACACGCGGCUGACGUACCUGAGGCUGCAGGAGAGGCAGGUUGCUCCGCGUCGAAGAAAGGGUACGAGACAUGAGCGACCUUUGACCCAGGCUGAACUUUUAGCAGAGGCCAAGGUCACAGCACAGAUUAACCUUCGAUCGCUGGAAAACUAUGAGCGUUUGGAGGCAGAUAAGAAACGGCAGGUUCAUAUGAAGCGUCAGUGUGUGGGAUCUGUUAUCCGAUAUCACUCUGUGCUCAUGCCACUGGUGUCUGACGUCACUCUUAAAGAGGAAAACGUGGAUGUAGAGGGUUUGGACCAAGACGCCCAACAGAAUCCAGGGCCUCGCCCUCCACAAGCUCUUUCCCAGUCAGAAUCAACCCUAGCUGCGCCUCCUAGUGUCAUAUCCGCUAACACAGCUGCUGUAAACCCUCUCCUGUCCUCAGGGCCUGCCAAAUGCUCCCGCACCUACAUCACAUUCAGUGAUGAUGAAUCCUUCCAGCGUUUCUUUCCCCAGUCCCCACCUCCUCGAAUUCCUGUCCAGGAGAUCUGCCCUGUUACCCAUAAGCCAGCGCUCUACCGAGACCCCAUCACAGACAUUCCCUACGCUAAUGUACAAGCCUUUCGGAUCAUCCGGGAAGCCUAUAAAAAGUAUGUGGCGGCCCACGGCCUGCCCUCCACUGGCACAGCGACUCCAGCUGACACCACUGCAAAGAAUCUGCGCCAGAAGAUCAUUAUUAAACAAGGCAUGUAGAACAAUUCACAAGAUGGAAUCUAUCUAUCUAUCUAUCUAUCUAUCUAUCUAUCUAUCUAUCUAUCUAUCUAUCUGUCUAUCUGUCUAUCUGUCUAUCUAUCUAUCUAUCUAUCUAUCUAUCUAUCUAUCUAUCUAUCUUGUGACAUUACAGUACAACUGGAUAAAAAUGUUUGCUGCCAAAUCUAUGUCUAGUGUAUUAUUUGUAAGUGCAAUAAGCUUCAUAGUUGAAUGUGAUUUUUGCAUUAAUGCUUAAUGUAACUUUAUUUAUUGUUUUUUAAAGCACUGUUUCAUGUAAUUGAUUAUGUAGUGAUGUGUAUUUAUUUAUAAUGUGUCCGUAUUAUUUAAAACAGCAUUAAAGAUUGCUGUCGUGUA